AUGCACUUCUCAAUCCUCGUCCCGGCACUUCUCUCCUCUUCGGCCUUUGGGCUCGCCGUACCCCAGGCCGAGGAUUCGAAGCUCAUGAAACGCUUCGAUGUCCCUGGGGCCUCUGUGGAGGAGGGCUUCACUAUCCCUGACGAUACCCCAGACGGAUUUUACCGGGUUCAUAUCGACGACGAUGGGGUUGCCCAUCAUACCAAGGUUGACAUGAACCUUGAGCCGAUAGGCGAAGACGCCGAUGCCUCAUCUGCUUUGGACAAGCGCCAGAGCUGGCGAGUCACCUGUGAGGGCUCCUCACUUAAUCGCAAUGAUGCCGACCUCACAGUCAAGUUGUUGAGGGAUGGGUGCGGUAGUGGUCACACUGUCCAGCCUCGCGAUCACUACUACGUUAUCUCGGGUAGGGUUGCCAGUUACUUUUGUAACAACACUUCCGGACGCACCACCUGCAGCGCAACGAUUGUUCGCCAGCAGAUCCAGGAGAGCGUCAGCAGCCGAUGUGGUACUUUCAAGGCAGGCUGGGCACGCUGGGAUAAUUCCAAUGGCCAUGUCAGCGUGGGAUACCAGAAUGUAAACAAUCAAAACUCCUUCUGCGGCCGCAAUCACUGA